CAUGAAUAUACACCUGCAGGACAAACAGGAGAACAGACAUUCAAAAGUUCCGCCUAAGGCUGAUGAGCCCUCAGAGGAAAUAACGGGGGGAAGAUUUUCCAGCAGUAUCCCCUUUGAAAGGACAUAAAAGACAAGUGCAAGCUGGGUUUGCUGCACCGGAGGAGCACAGAGGGACCCCGCGGGCACAGCCCGGGGCAGGGCUGCGGGAGCGCCGGCAGGAGCCUUCACCCCAAUGCUGGCCCGGAAGAAGUCCUUCAUCAGUGCCACGGUUGGGGCACUGGUGGCACUCUCCAUCAUCGCCCUGGUUCUCAGCCUGGUGAGGGUUGAGGAUGUGACGCUGCCACCCACGGUCAAGUAUGGGAUGGUGUUCGAUGCAGGCUCAUCCCACACCUCUCUGUUUGUCUACGAGUGGGACUCGGACAAGGAGAACAACACUGGAGUGGUCAGCCAGACCCUGUCCUGUGAUGUGCAGGGGCAAGGCAUAUCAAGCUAUGCCAACAAUCCUCCUGAAGCUGGCAAUUCCCUAAGGGAGUGUCUGGAUAAAGCCCUGCAGGUUGUUCCUGCUGAGAAGCAGAGGGAUGUCCCAGCUUACCUCGGAGCAACGGCUGGCAUGAGGCUGCUGAGGGAACAGAACAGCUCAGCAACAGAGCAAGUCCUGGCUGAGGUUGCUAAGACCAUGCAGGAGUACCCUGUGGCUUUCAAAGGGGCUCGAAUCCUUACAGGAGAGGAAGAGGGGGCCUAUGGCUGGAUCACCAUCAACUACCUGCUGGACUCCUUCACCAAGUACUCUCCCAAAGCACACACGUGGCUUCGUCCAGAGGCAGCCAACAUUUUUGGGGCACUGGAUCUUGGAGGAGCAUCCACUCAAAUCACCUUUAUGCCUGAAGGUUCAAUGCUGAGCCAGAAUGAAGCCUCUGAGUUCACCCUGUACGGGUACAGGUACAACAUCUACACUCACAGCUACCUCUGCUACGGGCAGAACGAGAUGCUGAAGCGGCUGGCCAAGGAAUUAAUUGAGGAGUCGUCCUCCAGCCCACGGGUGCAGCACCCCUGCUACCCCCGGGGCUACAGCGAGCGCCUGUCGCCGUCCUGGCUCCGCGGCAGCCCCUGCACGGCCGGCGGCCGCCCGGCCCUGGGCCGCAGCAGCGUCACCCUGGAGGGCAGCGGCAACGCCAGCGCCUGCCUGGCUGCCCUCAGGAAGCUCUUCAACUUCUCAGCCUGCGGCCAGAGCCGCGACUGCGGCCUUGACGGCGUCCAGCAGCCCCCGCUCCGAGGGCGGUUUGUGGCCUUCUCUGCCUUUUACUAUAAUUUCAAGUUCCUGAACCUGACGGAGGGGCAGCCGCUGGCCGUGGUCAGAGAGGCCAUCGAGGGGCUCUGCACAAGGAGCUGGGAGGAUCUGUCUUCCAGCUACCCCAAAGAGAAUCCCAAGCGACUGCCUAAAUACUGUGCCAACGCCAACUACAUCCUCACCCUCCUGCUCGACGCCUACAAGUUCAACGAGAGCAGCUGGAACAACAUCAUCUUCCAGGGGAAGGCGGGCAGCGCCGACGUGGGCUGGACGCUGGGCUACAUGCUGAACCUCACCAACAUGGUCCCGGCCGAGCCUCCAGCCAGCCUGAAGGGGCACAGGCCUUCCCUGUGGGCUGCAGCCAUCACCUUCAUCAUCCUCACCCUCAUCCUGGGGCUCGCCGCCCUGCUCCUGCUGCUGUGGCUGUAGGAGCCUGGCCGUGGUUGGGAGCGGAGCAGGGC